AUGUGCCACACCAGCUGCUCCACUGGCUGCCAGCCGGCCUGCUCUGUUCCCGUCUGCUGCAAGCCCGUCUCGUGCCCCGGGGUGACCGACUGCNCUGUCCAUCCCUGCUGCCGCCCGGCCUCCUGUGUGGCCCUGCUCUGCCGCCCAGCGCGCCCCGGGGUGACCGACUGCCAGGCAGUCUGUGGAGCUGGCAGCAGCUCCCCCUCAUGCUGNGAGGCAGUCUGUGGAGCUGGCAGCAGCUCCCCCUCGUGCUGUGGAGGCAGCUCCUGCCAGUCCACCUGCUGCCAGGCUAGUCCCUGCCAGACCACCUGCUAUGUGCCUGUCUGCUGCAAACCCACUGUGUGUGUGCCCGUGUGCUGCAAGCCUGUGGCCUGUGAUGUCCCCUCCUGCCAGGCUUCCUGUACCUCCCUGCUCUGCAGACCCACAUGUCCUCCACCCUGCUGCUGAAUAGGAGGGAGUCCUCCAAGCCAGCCCUUCCCAUCUGCCCUGUGAUGGGACUCAGGCUCUGUGCUGUGCCAAUUUCAUCUCUGCCAGUCUAGGCUGAGCUCAUAUGCGCCAGCCCCAACUUUCCAUCAGAGUCUUCUCAGCACUGAGCCUCCUGAUCUCCCUCCCAGCAGGGUCUCCCUCAAGGCACUU